AUGGCAGAUGGGGCACAGGCCAACCCCAAAGGGUUCAGGAAGAAGGCGCUGGUUAAACACCCCACUGGAUGGAAGAGGCCAAGCUUCAGGGCCUCUCCUUUCAGAACCUCCAGGUCCAGCCUGGGUAUGAAGAAAUUCUUUGCCAUCGCAGUCCUGGCUGGCAGUGUUGUGUCCAUCGCCCAUGGCAGCCUGUUGAACCUGAAGUUCAUGGUGGAAGCUAUCACCCACAAAAACGCCAUCCUGUCCUUUGUGGGCUACGGCUGUUACUGCGGGCUAGGGGGGCGCGGCAAGCCCAUGGAUGAGGUGGACUGGUGCUGUCACGCCCACGACUGUUGCUAUCAGAAGCUCUUUGACCAAGGCUGCCGCCCCUAUGUGGACCACUAUGACCACAGAAUUGAGAAUGAUACUGUGAUUGUCUGCAGUGAACUCAAUGAGACAGAGUGUGACAAGCAGACGUGCGAGUGUGACAAGAAUUUGACCCUGUGCCUCAAGGACCAGCCGUACAGGGACAGGCACCGAGGCUACCUCAAUGUCUAUUGCCAGGGUCCCACACCCAACUGCAGCAUCUAUGACCCGUACCCAGAGGAAGUCACCUGUGGAUACGGCUUCCCAGCGACCCCUGUCUCAACCUAG